AUGACGGCUGCGGAAACUACCUCAGUCAAGUCGGUGGCUUCGACGGUGCCGACACCGAAGCUGGAGACGGAAAAAGUAUCGUGUCAACAGAAGCAAGACCGGCCUGUUGAAGACAGCCAUCGUUCCCCAGCAACAGCAGCCGGCGAUAUCGAGGCAGCCGCCGCUGCGCUGCAAGGUGACGACAAUGGGUUCCCGCUAUCCAAUCUCGCGGCCUGGCGGUUUUGGACUCUCAGUUUAGGUGUCGGACUCGGCCUCUUUUUAGCCAUGCUGGACUCGUCCAUUGUCGCAACCAGUCUGCUCACCAUUGGCCGCGAGCUCGGCUCCAUCGAGCUCAUCAACUGGGUCGCCCUCGCCUACACCUUGGCCUACCUCAGCUGCGCCGUCAUAUUCGCCCGCAUCGCCGAUAUUGUCGGUCGCCGCAACGCCUAUCUCGCUGCCUUCCUCAUCUUUUUCGGCUUCUCUAUCGGCUGCGGCUUUGCCAAAACGCUGCAUCAGUUGAUUGCCUUGCGUGCUCUGCAGGGUGUCGGCGGCUCCGGCUUGUAUUCGCUGUCCAUGAUCAUCUGGCCCGAGCUGUCACCCAUACACCUGAAGCGCCACGUUGCCAGUCUGGCUGGCGUGGUUGUUGGUAUGGCAGGCGUGCUGGGUCCGAUUUUGGGCGGCUUGUUGACCAACUAUGCAUCCUGGCGCUGGAUUUUCUGGAUCAAUGGACCAAUUGGCUUCUUUUCCAUGGCGGUGUUUGCUCUUACUUGGCCCGACGAAAAGUAUCUGCCUGCCAUAGCGCGGCAUCCAUGGUCGUCGCUUGAUAUCAUCGGAUCCAUUUUGCUGAUUGCAGCUGCCGCCCUCGUCACCUUUGCCUUUCAGAAUGCCGGUGUCAACCCAGACCAGUGGAGCAAGGCCAUCUUCCUGGUGCCCCUUAUCACGGGCAUCUUCUGCUGGGCCGCACUGUUCAUCUGGCAAGCCAUUGUCGAGAAGCGCUGGACGAACAUCAUGCCUGCGUUCCCGCUCAAACUCCUCCGGAACCAUGUCUACGCGGCGGCUGCCCUCACCACGCUGCUCCUUGGCUUUCCCCUCUUUUCCGUCAUUUUUACCUUUCCCCUGCGCCUGCAGAUUGUCAACGGCAAGAGCGGCCUCAUGGCGGGCGUCAUGAUGCUUCCCCUGCUAGUCGGUGUCUCUUUUGGCAGUGCCCUGACGGGGUUUGUGAAUGCCAAGAACAACCGCCUGACCGAGACGCUCCUCGUUGGAGGGGUCCUCAUGGUUAUUGGCUGCGCGCUCGAGACGACACUGUCCGACUCGGCCACGCUUCCAGCCAAGGCGCUCGGCUUUCUCCCCUUCAUCGGCCUUGGCCUCGGGCUCUGCAUAUCUACCACCACCGUCCUGGCCGCCACCGAGGCACCACCGGGCGACCAUGCGGCGUCCCAGGGCGUCAUCGCCCAAGCCCGUGUGCUGGGUGGCAGCAUUGGCAUUGCGGCAUCGUCGGCGAUCCUGGCGCGACAGGAACUGGCCAAGCUCGGCACCGUGGUCACAACAGACGUCCCCGCCGACCUGACAAGCGACUCACCCGCGGCCGUGCUGGUGCGCCAAGUCUUUAAUGCGGCUUUUACGGAAAACAUGCGCAUCUGCGCCGUCAUUUCGGCCGUCGGCAUUGUCGUUGCCUGCGGCACCUACACCCGCAACCGCCAACCCCUCUUGGCCGCACUGGAGGAGCGGGCGAAGCAAGAGGCAGCCAAGCAAGAGGCUGCCGCGGUCUAG